GUGACUGACGGCGCCUGUAUUUACAGGAAGAGCGCGAGAGCGAGCGCGCUUGAGCACAGUGUACACCGUCGCAAGUGAGCGCGCUCGAGCACAGUGUGUACCGCCGAGAGCGGGUCUUCCGCCGGCUGCUCUGCUGCCUGCGUCCACCUUCGUAUUCGCCUCGGUAAAUGGUCGGUCCUGCUCGUUUUCCGGGGGAAGGGGGCUCCUUGAAAGCUGGUACCAUGGGAUCCCGGCUUGCCACGGACGUUUGGAAAUAAGCUACCCCUCAACCCACUGAUCUGCCUGUGACCACGGACCAAAAGCUGGCCAUGGCAGGCUUCAAGCGCGGGUAUGAUGGCAAGAUUGCUGGGCUGUAUGACCUGGACAAGACCCUGGGCCGUGGCCACUUUGCAGUGGUCAAACUGGCGCGCCACGUCUUCACGGGGGAGCAGGUAGCAGUCAAGGUCAUUGACAAGACCAAGCUGGACUCGGUCGCUACCGGCCACCUCUUCCAGGAGGUGCGCUGCAUGAAGCUGGUGCAGCACCCCAACAUUGUGCGCCUCUACGAGGUCAUCGACACGCAAACAAAGCUGUACCUUAUCCUGGAGCUGGGUGAUGGCGGCGACAUGUUCGACUACAUCAUGAAGCACGAGGAGGGCCUAAGUGAAGAGUUGGCCAAGAGGUACUUCGCUCAGAUCGUGCACGCCAUCUCCUACUGCCACCGGCUGCACGUGGUGCAUCGCGACCUCAAGCCCGAGAACGUCGUGUUUUUUGAGAAGCAGGGCCUGGUGAAGCUCACUGACUUUGGGUUCAGCAACAAAUUCCAGCCUGGAAAGAAGCUGACCACCAGUUGUGGCUCCCUAGCUUACUCAGCCCCGGAGAUCCUGUUGGGGGACGAGUAUGAUGCGCCGGCUGUGGACAUCUGGAGCCUGGGCGUGAUCCUCUUCAUGCUGGUGUGCGGCCAGCCGCCCUUCCAGGAGGCCAACGACAGCGAGACCCUCACCAUGAUCAUGGACUGCAAGUACACAGUGCCCUCUCACAUCUCCAGUGACUGCAGAGACCUGAUCAACCGCAUGCUACAGAGGGACCCCAAACGGCGCGCUUCGCUGGACAAGAUCGAGCGGCACCCAUGGCUGCAGGGCGUCGACCCCUCCCCGGCCACCAAGUACAACAUCCCAUUGGUGUCCCACAGGAACCUGUCUGAGGAGGAGCACAACAGCAUCAUCCAGCGCAUGGUGCUGGGUGACAUCGCUGACCGCGAGGCCAUCAUUGAGGCCCUGGAGACGGACAAGUACAACCACAUCACGGCCACAUACUACCUGCUGGCCGAGAGGAUCCUGAAGGAGAAGCAGGAGAAAGAGGUCCACACGCGCUCGUCCAGCCCAAGCAACAUCAAGGCCCAGUUCAGGCAGUCGUGGCCGACGAAGAUCGACAUGCAUCAGGACAUCGAGGACAGCCUGGCAGCAUCAUCUAUCUCACAUGCGGGGGGCCCCCAGUCUCCUGCUAGGAGCGCUGAGAACCUGCUGAAUGGGCACCGUGCCAAGGGGCUGCUGGAGCUGGGACGGCGAGAGGACCCUGGGGAGCCCCCGCCGGUGCCCCCUGGAGGCUGCCCGCCACCGCAGCUGCCCCCGGCCCCCGCUACCCUCAAGCCAGGCGGGGCCUGCGCCGCAGCCAAGCAGCGUACGUGCCUCUUCAGGGUGGAGGAGGAUGAGGAGGAAGAGGAAGAGCAGGAGCCAGCACCACUGCCGACACAGGUGGUGCUGCGCCGCAAGCCUUCAAGCGUCACCAACCGGCUGACGUCACGCAAGAGCGCCCCCGUGCUCAACCAGAUCUUCGAGGAGGAGGGCGAGUCGGACGACGACUUCGCUAUGGAUGAGGGGCUGCCACCGAAAUUGAGCCGGCUGAAGAUGAGCAUGGCUUCGCCAGGCACGGCGCACAAGCGCUUCCCUCGCCGCAAGAGCCAGGGCCGCGGCUCUAGCUGUUCCAGCUCGGAGACCAGCGACGACGACUCUGAGAGCCACCGGCGCCGACUGGACAAGGACACUGGCUUUAGCUACAGUUGGAACCGCAGGGACAGCAGCGAGGGCCCUCCGGGCAACCCAGGGGGCAACGGGGGGGGAAGCAGUGGAGGCGGGCAGGGCAAGCCGCCUGGGGAUGCCGGACAGGGGCCGGACAGGAGCGGUGGGGGUGGGACGGGAGGUGGCGGAGGGAAGGCCCAGGGGAGCCCAUCCAGCUGCUCCAGUGGCAGCAGCAAGGCCGCCUCAGGCUCCACCCGGAGUUCUGCCAGGGCGACUGGGGAGCUGGUGGAGGGCCUGAAGCUCAUGAGGCUGUGCCUUGGCUCGCGGCUACGCCCCCUGGGUGCAGCAGGCAUGGCCAAGCUGAUCAUAGACCCUCAGGGCUUCUCUGGUGUCAAGGUGCAGGAAAAGUUCUCCUGGAGGGUGUGUGUGGGCCCCGGGGGCUGCCUGGACGGGGAGUCGCUCCACAACGGCCCUGGUGCUCUGGCCCGUGGGCCCGUUUCAGCCUCCAUCGGGGAGCUGGACCUGGCGGCCAGGGAGAAGCACAUGAACUUGAAGAACAGCGUCCUACAGCUACCUCUGUGUGAGAAGACCAUCUCUGUGAACAUUCAGCACCAUCCAGCCGACGGGCUGCUGUACACCUCCAGCCAGGCUAGCUGCUGUCAGGUCAUAUGACCGCAGCAGGUCGGACAGAACCCCCCCACCGUCUGUAGCAGGUCUGGUAAACCUUUUUCAGUGGCCACGAGUGACCCCCACCAGUUUUCCUCGGUUUGUCUUGUCAACUUUCUGGCUCCCGCCUGACCCUCAGCGUGUGACACGGCGUUUCCCAGAGGCCGUGUUUUCAUUUUCGUUAGCUUUGCUUCUUUUUGAUUGCCCCCCCCCCCCCACAGCAAACAUGAUUGUUUGUUCAUUCGUUUGUUUCUUUCAUACAGAUGCUUUGGGGCAAUCUCGUCACAGUUUGAUGAAAGGUAGACUUCUAUAGAAAGACGAGGCGAAAGUGAAUGAUAUGGGGCUGAGGUCAGGUGUCUAGGACAGAGAGCACCUGAGGCGGUCCAGGGGAAGCACUUAGGGUGGGCGAAUUAUGGCCUUGGCAGCUCUCGCCGUCCGGGUGACUGUGGCAGGGGCUGGCGGCGAUGGCUGAAAGUCAUAAAGCCGAUAAGAAUCAUUGAUUAUUUUAAAUGUACCCCUUUGAGUCUUAAGAGGUGUGUACACAAGUCAUUUUAAGCAAAUCAGGUUUUUUUUUUUAAUUUUUAAUUUUACCCUGAGGUGCUUUUACUUGUUGCACGCAGACAAUCUUUGCUUUUAACUUCAGGGACAUAAGUCGUGAUUUUAAAUGUUUAUCCCGUUUUACAAUCGAAUAGAUUUACACUUUGAUUUAGGUGCAUCCUUAAGCAUUGUACCCGGGGAGAGGUCACAUUGACAGAGAGAGUCACACACUUAAAUGGGGCAUCACAUGAACCAGCAUAGGAGGUUCUCCUCCUAACAAUGCAGUCUUUAAACCCAGCAUCAUAUGAGGUAGAAAGUCUUCUAGAGGAAGGAGUUUGUCAGUAUUGGAUGGUCGCACAGCGUGUGCCAAUUGCGUCUUAGUAUUAAUGGGUCCGGCCCUGCGGUGGUAUGGGCGCACAGACAAAGCUGUCACCCUGGCUGUAUGGGCAUUGAACACCGUCAGAUGUACUGAAGGAUUUAAAAUAAACAGAAGGCAUUCAAGUGAUCACAGAAAUGGGGGAGGUGGGUGUCGAGAAGGUGGGCUCUUGAUUUGGAAAAUCUAGCCCCUCUAUUAGGAACUGCUGUCAAAUUAUGUGAAUGAUUUCCUGCCCAGUCUCCGACAACCUUCCAACUCCAGCUAAAGAAUCAACACAUCCGCCAGUGUAACGCCGUCUUUUUCUUAAUCAUCUCUUUGUACUGUAGUUCUCUUAAAGGCACGUUUUAAAGGGAUGUCUGUAUAUGUAACGUUUCCAGUUUUAGGUUUUAUAAGGACUGCUGUUAAGUCCCUCUGAGAGUGAGAACUGCGGCCCCCAUGAUCACUGCCAGGAAAAAGAGGCUGGGAUCAUGUCGCCACCGGGCAGUGUUCUGUUGUUGGGUUUUGUUCGUACUUUCGUUUGUAUGUUCAUUCGCUCGCUCGCUCCUUCAUUUGUUUAUUCACUCCCUCAUUCAGGCUCUCUCCUCAAAGAGGUGCAUGGCUCUGCAGCCUUGAAAUCGGAGACACAUGAGAAUAUAGGGGAUAUAUUUUAAGGGCAUUGGCAAUAAACUAUAUGUUGCAGCUAUAUGUAAAUAUUUGUUUUAUAAAUAAAAAUAUGUAAAGCUGUGGAUGGCAGCUUGUUCACAACAAAAUGGUUUUUGUUUUUUCCCCCUCCUUCUGAAGUAUGUAAAUAGGGGUGUAAAUAUGUGGUGCUCCCCCCCGUCCAGCAGUGACGUCCGUCGCUGUGUAACUGUAUCCUGGAGCCUUAUCAGCUACAUGUGUUUUAAAAAGCUGUCACUGUCGUCUUACCCGGAUGUAAACGUGUAAUAGACUGCAUGUGUUCUGCCACCAUUAUUGCUCGAGGUCAGAACAAACCACUACUCUGAACCGUGUUACUGGACCAAACCGCGUACUGACUCAGAAGAACAAUAAUGAGAUGGUGUCUUUGUACCGCUUAGUAGCUGGGUCCUGUCCUCAGAAAGACUUGUAUAGGUAUGAUCAUGUCCCAAAUUAAAUGUUGUGUAAAAAGCUCUUCUAA